AUGAAGCCAGUGGAGGAGGAGGUGGAGAACGAGGACACGGAGACGCUGGCCCAGAGGGCGGCGAAGAGGGCCAAAGCCUCGACGGGCGACAAGCCCCCGGCGGGCACUCCGCACACACCGGUGUUGGCUAAGUCUGAUUUUUGGAAAACGGAGUAUGAUCAUGAGGCUGCUAAGAAGGCCAGGGCUGCCAAGAAAGCCGCCAAGAAGACCACCAAGAGGAAAAAGAAACCCAGUGCCUCUGAACUGCUGAUGACACGGGAGCCAGCCAAGCAGUUGAAGAAGAGUGGACAAGCAAAGCCUAAUAAAAAGGCGAAGGUGACCAAGCCAACUGCGGCACCUGAAGUUGCUGAGUCGGAACAGCAAAUCUCUGCACCUGAAGCUUCUGACAAAUAG